CAUUGCCUUUGCAAAAGGCUGCAAUCGCACUGAGAUGCACACUGGUGGGACUCGGAUGGAUCCGGAGCAUCUGCUUCCACUGCUGACAGGCAAGUGUGCUUACAACAUCACCUCAUCUUGGAGAAUUACUGCUGUUGUGUUUCAGUGCUCUUCAUCUCUGCUGCCCUGUGUUGCGAAGGACAGGAGCAGUAGGACACACAGGUGUUUCUGGACGCAUCAGUUGCAUGUACACAGUGACCAGAGCUCAAGUCUUGGAGUUGGAAAAUGAGCCUUCAGCUGAGCUCUGCUCUGAUGUGAGUGACCUGGGACUGGUCACGUAAUGCCUCAUCACUCCUUGCCUGCCUCCUUGUGCACAUUAACUGUGCGUACCUGCGUAUUUCAUCGGGUUAUUGCAAAGCCUGUAGAGGAUUGAAUUCAUUUGAUUGAAGUCUUAGAGUACACCCCUCGUGUUACUGAGGCUCUGGUAGUAGGAGAAGGAGAGGGAAGGCACCAAUUUGUCCGGUUUUAUUUUUUGUCAGGAACCUUUGCAAUGGAUGACAGAGCAGACUUUCUGAUGACUGUGCACCUUCUCGCCAAUUCAGGACACUUAUUGCUUCUGCAGCAAACUCUGGAUCGGCUUUUGGAGUGGAUCUGCCCAGACAUUCGCCUUUUCACGGUGUCCGAGCGAGUUACUCCAUUGAAAUACUAUGAGAGAUAUCGUAAGAGAAGCUGUGGCUUUCCUGGAAUAUCUGUUCUCCUUUUUCUACAUGAGGACUUGGGAGAAGAACGGAUUUUCCAGGUCCAUGAGCAAUUCCAGCGUCCACCCUGGCGCUACCAGUGUGCCCAGAUUGCUAAUGGGCAAAGCCACCCUUAUGCCCCAGCUCACCAGGACUUCUACAGCCUGGAUGACCAGAUGCCUGUGUGGGGCAUCAGGCGGGUGCACUGUGGCCCUGAAAUCCUGCGUGUCACCCUCUACUGCAGUUUUGAUAACUAUGAGGACGCAGUGAGACUCUAUGAGAUGAUCCUACAGCAAGAAGCGACUAUGCAGAAAAGUAACUUCUGUGUCUUCGUGUUGUACGCAACCCAAAACAUUGCCGUGCAGCUCUGCUUGAAGCAGCUGCCCGUCGGGGUGGCUGCUGAGCCGAAGGAGUCAUCAGCCUUGCAGUUCAAGGUGCGAGAGAUUGGGCAGCUGGUGCCUCUCCUGCCUAACCCCUGUAUUCCUGUCAGUAGCACCAGGUGGCAAACGCGGGACUAUGAAGGAAAUAAAAUUCUGCUUCAGGUUCAAGACAGCUCCAAGCCCCAUGAAGCAAAUGUUGGGUUUUCCCAUCAGCAUAAUAAUGCAGGCAAUGAAAAAAUCCUGCAGGACUCUGUCCCAGCCCCUUUCCCUGUGAAGCGGGGUAAUCCUGGGUGGAGAAGCCAGGAGGUCAGAUCCACAAAGGGUAAACCAAAAUCUGACCAAAGCGAAGCCCUUACUCCUGAGCAAGCCAGUGGUGACCUCCACAGGCACUUCUGCUCUUCUCACAGCGGUCCAGCCACCCGGUCGUGGUGGGAUGCCACCUCUCUCCGCAGGCAGGCGAGCAGCAAGCUGCAGGCUUCUCUCCAGGAGAGCUGCAUUCGUCAGCAGGCAGCGGAGACCAACGUUGACACCGGGCUUACGGUGGCGAACCUUGCGAGCGGCCGCUGCCUGCUGAACCGCUUUUCCAGGGACCUGCGGAGCAGCCUCCUCCAGCCGCGAGCACCUGUGGAUGGGGCCAGUGGUGCCGUGCCCUGCCAGGACAGGACUCAGCUGCUGUUUGCUGCAGCCAAAAGGAGUGAAAGAGAAAGGCAAAGAGCUUCGGGGUUCCACUUGCAAACACCACGAGCCAGCCCCGCAAACAGAGCGGAGGAUGAUGAGGAGGAAUUCUUUAUAUGACUGAAAACAAAUGUGCCAGAUGGACUUAUCAUUUCCAAAUGACAGUGGAGUGCUUUUGUGUGUAUUGUGGCUCCUCGUGCUGUGACUGCUGCUGCUUAGCUUACCUCUGUAGCUGUGGCAACAUUUCAGUAGUGGGUUCACUGAGGUAUAUGCUUACUUUCCAUGGAGCGAUAUAAAGGAGGCUGCAGGCAAAGCAGGAAAAAUAACACUGUAUUUACAGAAAGGCUUAUUUUUUUAAUGCAGAAUAGAUUGCAGGAUUAUUGUGCAAUGAAUAGGAAUAAGCCAUAUGACUCCUAGAGCUGUUCUAAGGUGCUAAAAAGUAGCCAGUGACAUCUUCAGAUGGGGUUAGGAGGUGCAGUUUGCCUAAGCUGCCCAAGCAGCUGGAUGCCCCUAGCCAUGGGGGCUCAUCGUCCCUCACCGGGACGUAUUGGAGCAAGGUAGUGGCAUGGUCACAGUGGUUACACCGAUUUUCCUCUGUGUUCCUUCUUGCUUCCCCUGUUGUUGGUAUUUAAAAGCUAUCAACGUUGUCAAUUUUAUGCAAGGUGUGAAACAUAAGGAUUUUUUUUAAAAUAUUUUUGAAGAAAACAAUUUCUAGAGAGACCUUUUCGCCAAAUUAGCACAGCACAUGCAAGAAGAAGAACGCUUGCAGAGAAUAGUUUGAGCUAUGUUUAUGCUCCAGUAAGACCUGCUGUUGCAGAUUCAUAUGACACUUAAAAUAAACCCAGCAACAGGCCAGGCUUUGUUAGACCAGUGUGCAGUUAUCAGCAGGCAAUCCUAAUUGGGUUUUAAUUAACAGAAGACAAGAGAAGUUAAGAGUCUUGGAGGAAACUGCUGAGUGCUGGAGAGUAAAAAG